GGGAAAAUAGUGAUAGAUCGGUGGUAGUUAAGUCUUCGGAGAUUCGUACGAAAAACACGUUCAUGUUAGCAUUAACUGCUUAGAUUUUUGAUAAGACUAGCUGACAGGAUGGCAGAGUAUUGGCUUAUUUCAGCUCCCGGUGAUAAAACACCACAACAAACGUAUACAAACCUCAAAGGCAAGAUGACCGGUCUCACCCCGGUCUUCCAACUUCAACUUCCCGAGCUUAAGGUGGGAACCUUGGAUACGCUUGUUGGGCUGUCAGAUGAUCUGGGGAAAUUGGAUGGAUUUGUUGAAAGUGUCACUCGAAAGUUAGCUCACUACAUGGUUGAUGUGUUAGAGGAGCAUCAGGACAGAGUGAGAGAAAAUCUGCUUGCAAAUGGCCAGGACCUGUCAAACUUUGUAACCAAGUUUCAGUGGGAUUCCGCUAAAUAUCCCAUCAAACAGUCACUGAGGAACUUGACAGAAAUCAUCAGCAAGCAAGUGACACAGAUUGAGCAUGACCUGAAGACCAAGGCAUCUGCGUACAACACAAUCAGAGGCACUCUGGCUUCCUUGGAGAGAAAAGCUACGGGAAGCCUUCUCACAAGAAAUCUUGGUGACCUGGUGAAAAAGGAAGAUUUUGUUUUGGACUCUGAAUACCUCACCACUCAGUUAGUGGUUGUCCCAAGGGCCCUGUACAGUGAAUGGCAGAAGGCAUAUUGGAAACUAACAGAUAUGGUUGUUCCGGAAUCAUCACGAUUAGUUUUUGAAGAUAAUGAACACGGUUUGUUUACUGUCACCUUGUUCAAGAAAGUGGUGGAUGAGUUCAAACUUCAUGCAAGAGACAAGAAGUUUUUAGUUCGUGAGUUUGUAUAUGAUGAACAGGCUCUGGAAGCAGGAAAAAACGAAAUCACAAAACUGGAAUCCGACAGGAAAAAACAAUUUGGUCCUCUCGUGAGGUGGCUAAGAGUGAACUUUAGUGAUUCAUUCAUUGCGUGGAUUCAUGUCAAGGCCCUUCGUGUGUUUGUGGAGUCAGUGUUAAGAUAUGGCCUCCCGGUAAACUUCCAAGCUAUGCUUCUACAGCCUUCCAAGAAGUCACAUAAGAAGAUAAAAGACAUGCUCGACUCGUGUUAUCAGCAUCUUGAUAACCAAGGCUUUAGUUCCACCAUGUAUGACGCUCACAAUCUCGACAUCCCAGGGCUCAGUUUGUCUCAGCAAGAAUAUUAUCCGUACGUUUUCUAUCAAAUAAAAUUAGACCUAAUUGAACGGUAGAGAAAGACAGAGAAUAGAUAAUGAACGUUUUAAUAUGAAUUAAUUAAUUUCAGGCAAAUUUCACACGGGAUGUCAAUUGUAAUUUUUAUUAUACAGCGAGAGACUGACUGUUUGGCUCGUGGGAAAUGGUUCUCAGAUAAUUUGUCAGUUCGGUUAAGUGACGUUGACAAUACUAAUCUACCUGCAGAAUUAUACAAAGAUGAUAUUGAACUGUAAAUACAAUAACAAGAUAAGUGAGCGAGAUUGUCUUUUCGGUUGCCGCUAACUGCGGUUGGAUUGAUCUAGUCUGUGUACAUUUUAUCGAUCAGUAUUCUACAUAAAAAAUGCUUCUACUUCCUUUUCUGUUUUUGUUCAUACAAAAAUGGUGAUGAUGCAUUGUUGUAAAAGACAGUUGAUGAAAAUGAAGUUUGUGGAUUACCUGGAUUCUCACAACUGACGGUCAAGCAAAUGUAUAACAGUGAAUGAGGAAAUUAGAAUUUCAGUAUUUUUUUUUUCCAUCGCCGCCUAAACAUUCAUACAACAUUUAGAAAGUCGUUUUGCUUGAUCGUUCUCCAGAUAUCUCAAUAGGUAGCACUGGCCGGGACUUAUGUCCAUCCUCUUCUUGAUAAUUUAGUAAUUUAUCAGCAUGUAAGGUCAUGCAUAUUUUAACGACGUGAGUAUGAAAUAAAAUUGAUAAGUGGACGAGUAAGAA